CGUUGUGCAACCCGUCGACGUACGCGCCGGGUAACAGUCAAAUUUCGCGGGAGAUAUCUAAGUAAGCUAUGCUCUUUUGAAAGAACAUACUCCUCUCCAAAAGUAAACGUGCAUUUCAACAAAAUCGCAUUUUUGUCAGGAAUAAAAGGCCAAUAAAGGCAGCUAUGUUCUCUGAGGUAAGCGCCCCUCAGGAGGGUUCCUGUUCUCUUCUGUUGUGUCGUCCUGGCUCCGAGGACCAGGAGCCCUCCGUGUUUGACAGGGUCAAGCCGGCAUACUCACCCUGCUCUGAGCGUUUCAAGCUGGGGGAGCGCAGCUUCAACCGCCAGUAUGCGCACAUUUACGCCACACGACUCAUGCAGAUGAGCCCCCUGCUCACGGAGAGGGCCCAGCAGAAAUGGGGUGCAGAUGUACAGAUCAGGAAGUUGUGUGAUCUGCAGAUGGGUGAGCAGUGUUGCAUUGUGGGAACCCUGUUCAAGCACAUGGAACUGCAGCCAUCCAUUCUGAAGGAAAUCAGUGAGGAACACAAUCUGCUGCCCCAGCCUCCGCGCACGAGGUACAUCAGCGAAUCAGAUGAGUUGAUACUGGAGGACGAGCUGCAGAGGAUCAAACUAGAGGGCAAUAUUGAUGUGGACAAGUUUGUCACAGGUAGUGUUAUUGCUAUUUAUGGUGCAGAAAAGAAUGAUGGGAAAUUCACAGUGGAUGAUUUCUGUACUGCUGACCUCCCCCCGCAGGCCCCCAGAACCACUCUCAGCUCAGACAGGUUUGUGCUGCUGUUGUCGGGUUUGGGUCUGGGCGGUAGUCAUGCAGACAGUAUGCUGGCUUUACAGCUGCUUGUUGACAUGGUAACGGGUCACCUAGGUGACCAGGGGGAGCAGAGUGGUGCAUCAACAAUCUCCAGGGUUCUACUGGCCGGGAACCUUCUGAGCCAAAGCACACAGGACAAGGACGCAUCCACCAAGGCUAAAUACUUGACUAAGAAAACCCAGGCAGGCACUGUGGAUGCCAUGCGUCUGCUGGAUGAGAUGCUGAUGCAGCUGGUGUCGUCAGUUCCAGUGGAUGUGAUGCCGGGCCAGUAUGAUCCUACUAACUAUACCCUGCCCCAGCAGCCCCUACACCACUGUAUGUUCCCCCUCUCCUCCUCCUACCCCACCCUGCAGCUGGCCUCCAACCCACACCAGGCCACCCUGGACGGGGUAAGGAUCCUGGGGACGUCAGGGCAGAAUGUGAAAGACAUCCAGAAGUACAGCAGCAUGGACAGUCACCUGGAGAUACUGGAGAAUACACUGAGGCUUAGACACCUCGCCCCUACUGCACCUGACACACUGG